AUAAUUGUCCUCUUCUCUUCAUCUGUGUACUCACUUCAAUCAUUAAAGGCCACAAAACACACACACAAAAGUUUAAGGAAGCUGCAAUGCAAUAUACAACAAACAAGAUAUGAUACGGUGGUUCAUGCCAGUGAACAUAUUGGUUACAUUUUUGUUAGGCUCAGUCUUAGGUUGGAUCAUUAUCAAAAUCACAAGACCUCCUAAAAACAUUGAAGGUCUCAUAGUAGGUGUUUGUUCUGCAGGAAAUUUAGGAAACUUGCCUAUAAUCAUUAUACCAGCUAUAUGUAAAGACAAAGGUAGUCCUUUUGGAGACCCUGAUGUCUGCUAUCAAGAUGGAAUUUCUUAUGCUUCACUUUCUAUGGCACUUGGAGCUAUUUUUAUAUGGACUUAUGUGUACAACAUCAUGAGAAUUUCUUCAAGUAAAGUUUACAUAGAAGGUAACAAAAGUAGUGACACCAUUACAUUGGAGGCUUCAGGGGAUGAUGUAUCAGAAUCAUUCAUUGAAGAAGGAUCAGAAACUAUAACUCAAGUUAAAGGCAAUGUGGAUGAUGAUGCAUACAUCCUACUGCUUUCUAAGAAUCAGUCUGAGCAGAAAGUUAAGGUACCAAUGUUACAUAAAAUGAAGCAUCAAUGUGGAAUGGUUUUAAGCAAUCCCAAUUUCAGAGGCAUAUUUUCACCAGCAACUCUUGGAGCGAUAGUUGGAUUUAUUAUUGGUGUAGUUCCCCAAUUACGUAGUUUAAUGAUUGGAAGCAAUGCUCCUCUUCAUGUAAUUGAAGACUCUACUUCCAUGUUGGGUGAUGCUGCCAUUCCAACUAUAACCCUUAUAAUGGGUGCCAAUCUUCUUAAAGGAUUAAAGGGAGCAAGUACUCCAUUUUGGACAAUUAUAGGAAUCAUAGGAGUUCGAUAUAUCUUGUUACCAAUUUUUGGGAUUCUAAUUGUUAAAGGGGCAACACAAUUGGGUUUGGUGCCAGUAGAUCCCUUGUAUCAAUUUAUACUUCUCCUUCAAUAUGCACUUCCACCAGCUAUGAGUAUAGGUACCAUAGCCCAAUUAUUUGGAGCUGGUGAAAGUGAAUGUUCUGUUAUCAUGUUGUGGACCUAUGCAUUGGCGUCAAUUGCGGUUACUCUUUGGUCAACCUACUUCAUGUGGCUUGUGUCUUGAUUCAUUCGUUAUAUUCUCUAGUAUAGUUACUAGUAUUUAUUGUUACGGUUAUUCUUCAUUAUUUAUUACUCAUACUUUAUUUUUUACAUUAAAUUAUAUCCUUCAUUGUAACCCAAUAAUAAUCUGUAACUUUAAGCAGCUUCCUCAAAUGGUAUAUAGAAUAUGCAUAGAAGUUGGUAAAGUCUAUUUAAAUUUAAAAUUGAUUAUGUAUGUGUAUAUAAUGUCAAUAAUCAUUUGAUCAUUAAUAGUUAA